AAAAGGGGAGCCCAGUUGUGGUAACCUCAACAGUCACAUCUAUCUCAUUUGAGAGAGAGAGAGAGAGAGAGAGGAGAAGAGAGGGGAAGAAUUGGAGGAGGAGGCAGGACAAGAGGAAAGUAAAAAGGAGAAGGCCCUUCGUUUCCAUGGCGCCCAAGAGAAGGAGAGGCGAUGAACGACAACCUGAAAAGCCCCACGCCGAAGUCGUCCAGAAAGCCAGUAAACAGAAGGCCUCGCCGCCCUUGAAAUCGGUGAUGGUGACUCGGAGCUCCACUCGCCGCCUCAACGGGAGUGGUAGCACUCUCGCGGAUCCUCAGCCAGAGUUUUCGAAGCCCAAGGCCAUUAGUAAGAAGAAGAAUCCCAACCCACGCGCCGCCAAAGAGGCACCGCCGGCCAAGGGUAAUGCUUCCAAAGACGGUUCUAAGGCUGCUACUAAUAAGACCAUCGUUAUCGAGCACUGCAAGCAGUGCAAAUCUUUUCUUAGGAGGGCUGUCCAGGUCAAGGAUGGCUUGGAAAAUGAUCUUUCUGGAAUCACUGUGCUUCUCAACCCUGAAAAGCCAAGAAGGGGAUGCUUUGAAAUAAGGGAGGAAGGAGGCGAUACAUUUAUCAGUCUUCUGAACAUGAAGCGGCCAUUUUUACCAAUGAAGGAACUCGACAUGGAUGAAGUCAUCUCAGAUAUUAUUGCAAAGAUCAAAUCUUGAUCUAGCGCACCCUUGUAGCUGCUGUUGUGUUGCGUUUUGCGGUUUGCUUGAGCCAAACUAGGAAGCAUUUGCGAUAGAAGUUGUGACUUGGACAAGGUUUUUGUGGAUCCCAUGUAUGAUGUAACUUGGUACCCUCUCAUUAAAUCAUCAACUCUCCUUUACUGUUCUUGCCAGCAUUUUGUACUUAUUUGACUGUCUGCUGGAUUCAAGUGCCUUGUACUGUCCGGAUUUAGCCACAGCGGAGAGCUGUUCCUUAAGUUUAUAACUGGGUGUUGUGAGACGCUUGUUCUUGAAAAAUUGUGAAAAAUUGAGUUGCUCGGUUAUGUCUU